AUGAGUGUUGUGCUGCUCUCGUUGGUGAAGCAGAGACUCUCUGCAGCUGCUGAAGAGAUCUUUGCUCUAUUUGAAAGAACGAUAUCAGAGUACGAGGAGAAACUGUCUCGAUCAAAAGAGGAACACGAGAGAGACCGGAAACUACUGGACGCUGUUUUACAUUCUCAGAUCCGGAGGACAGACGUCCAACUGGUGGAGGUUAAAGAAGAGUUUCCCCCUGAGACCCCCCCACACAUUAAAGAGGAACAGGAGGAACGCUGGAUCAGUCAGGAGGGAGAGAAGCUUCAAGGGCUGGAGGAGGAUGAUAACAACAAGUCAACAUUCACUCCUGUCCCUGUGAAGAGUGAAGAUGAUGAAGAGAAACCUCAGUCCUCUCAGCUUCAUCAGAGACAAACAGAAGCUGAUGGAGAGGACUGUGGAGGACCAGAACCAGCCAAGAACUCCGAUCCAGAGACACGUUUACAACCAGAGACUGAGGACAACCCUGGAGACUCUUCUGAACCUGACACUGAAGACAGUGCCGGUUGGAAGGAGACCAGAGACCCUCCGUCAGGUUCAAACUCUCGAGUCCCCGUCAGUGAUUCAAGGCGUAGUUCUGCAAAGAAACGCUGUAAAUGCUCUCAGUGCGGGAAAACAUUAUGCAAGAAGAGUGCUCUGAAUCGACACAUGCUAGUUCACACAGGAGAGAAACCCUUCAGCUGCUCACUGUGCAGUAAAAGGUUUAUUCGCAGGAGUCAUGUGACGAGACACAUGCUAGUUCACAGCGGAGAGAAACCCUUCAGCUGCGCACUGUGCAGUAAAAGGUUUAUUCGCAGGAGUCAUGUGACAAGACACAUGGAUGUUCACACCGGAGAGAAACCAUUCAGCUGCUCAGUUUGUGGGGAAUCUUUUACACAAAGUGAACAUUUACAGAUUCACCUGAGAGUCCAUGAAGAAGAGAAACCAUUCAGCUGCCCUCUGUGUAGCAACAGAUAUACACAGAGGGGGGAAUUAAACCUUCACAUGCAGGUUCACACCGGAGAGAAACCCCUCGGCUGCUAACUGAGAAGUGGAAGAUAUUCGUCUUGUUUGAGAUGAGCUGCGGCUCGCCUCGAAAGUAGACGAGAAUAGCCGAUUGCAGCG